AUGGCGAAGAACGUCUUUGCCGUUCAAGUUUUCUUUAUCGUCUUUCGCGAGUGUUUGGAAGCUGUUAUUAUCAUCUCGGUUCUUUUGUCCUUCCUCAAACAAUGUCUCGGUAGACCAGACCAGGAUCAGGCCAUCUAUAAACGCCUGGUCAGGCAAGUAUGGCUAGGCUCUAUCGCAGGCAUCAUCAUCUGUCUCAUCAUUGGUGGUGCCUUCAUUGGAGCAUUUUAUGGCCUCGGCAAAGAUAUCUGGUCAAAGUCUGAGGAUCUCUGGGAAGGCAUUUUUUAUCUGAUUGCCACCAUCAUCAUCUCAUUCAUGGGACUUGCACUCCUGAGAAUUAACAAAAUGAAAGACAAGUGGCGUGUCAAGAUCGCACAAGCCUUGGCCGAGAAGUCAACCCAAUCGACUAAGUCAACUACGUGGCUCGGCGACUGGUCCAGAAGGCACGUCAUGUUCAUCCUGCCGUUCAUCACCACCCUGCGAGAAGGUGUUGAGGCCGUGGUUUUCGUGGGAGGCGUGUCUCUCAGCUUGCCUGCGACGGCCUUCCCUCUCCCAGUUAUUUGCGGCAUCAUUGCUGGUCUCGCCGUCGGCUUCUUCAUUUACCGCGGUGGCAACCUCAUGUCCAUUCAAAUCUUCCUCAUUGCCUCUACCAGCGUUUUGUAUCUGAUUGCCGCUGGCAUGUUCUCCAAGUCCGUAUGGAGUCUACAAUAUCAUACCUUCGCCCAGCGUGUAGGAAGCGAUGUGGCUGAACUUGGAGACGGAAAUGGCUCAUACGACAUCACCGAGACCGUCUGGCACGUCAACUGCUGCAAUCCCGAGACAGACAACGGUUGGGAUGUCUUCAACUCCAUCCUUGGCUGGCAAAACACUGCCACUUAUGGCUCCGUCAUCGCUUACAAUGUGUAUUGGGCAUUUUUGGUCUUGACGGUCUCUUUCCUCUUGUAUGAGGAGAAGACUGGAUCGCUGCCUUUGAAGAACCAAUUUUUGAGUGUCAUGUCCAAGGUUCCGGGACUCAGUGGAUGGGUCGCAAAGAAACGUGCAAAGGAUCAGACCGUCAAUGAGCAUGAGGUCUUCCGACAGGUCCAAGCCGCAGGACUUCUCAGAGAGUAG